AAGAGGGAACGUCUCCUUAUCCCGUUCCUUGCUCUACAAGUCAUGGACUUUCUCCUCAGCCUCCUAACAAUGUUCAGUUCCUACAUACAAGUCCCAGCCAUCAUUUCUGUGUCCUCCCUUAGCCACACGCAGGGACACUCGAAGAUCCCUUUCCUAGCUCUGCAGCUGCUGGACUUCUGCCUGAGUAUUCUCACCCUCUGCAGCUCUUACAUGGAGGUCCCCACCUACCUCAGCCUCAAGUCUUCAGACAAUGGGGGCUUUUUGCCAACCCUGGAGAAGUUACCAACAGAGGAGUAUGCCAAAGUGAUGGUCACCUUCACCAUUGCCUUCAUUGCUGUCCUCUUCCUGAAGGCCUAUAUGUUCAAAUGUGUCCUGAGCUGCUUUAAGUAUAUUAAAGCCAGCAAGAGAGUGGAGGUGAAAAUCGACCCACAAGCAGUUGAAAAGGCUAUGCUGCCAUCAUAUGAGGAAGCCUUAGAGUUGCCUUCCAAGGAAUUGCCACCACCCUAUGUAGCAAUCUAAGCUCCACUCAUGGAAAGAAGACAUCUGUAUUGCUGUUGGUGCCUCUUAGCCUUCUGUCAGAUAAUCAGCCUCGUUGAGAAGUCCUUACUUUACAGCAGUAUCAUGCUUAUUACAAUCUGCCUCACUUUAUGAGCCUAUGGAGAGUGAUGGUGAACCACUGGAGCUGGUGUCUUAUUCUACACUGGCAGUUUUGACUCGGUACUAAUAAGCUGCAGUGCUAAUUUUAACAAGCUUGGCACCAGGCA